AACAAGCUCAAAAGUCAAAAAUGAAAUGCAUUUGAGUUGCAACUAGCAGAAAACCGAAGUCUUGAAGAACCGUAUGGUGCCAUUUUCAUAGUCUUCUACGAAAAGCCAACAGUUCCAAGCCUAGUGAUUUUGCUUUUGACUUUGCAUAUAACCCAAAUCAUCGCUUCACUUAGCACUUAGCACCCGGUUUCAGACAGAACAAACGUAGCUUUCCAUCAUCAACAACAAAACCCAUCUCCGAUCUGAUCAUAAAUCUUACCCCAGCGACAGCCCACAUCCCACAGGAAGUCGACGCAAAAUCAAAUCGGAAUUAUUCCUUCCUGUGGUGACAAGCAAUCCCCCCUUCAAUUGAAAACAUGGUGUAUCACUCUACAUUUAUCGAUGAGGAAGGAAUUGUGAAAGCCUGUGGGUGCCCUUUACUUCCUUUAAAAAGUCACAUAAGAGGACCUGCUCCAGUUUCAGAUCAAGCUACAACUGAUAUAAUUGAUGAAGCAAUUACAUUCUUUAGGGCGAAUGUGUUUUUCAAGAACUUUGACAUUCAAAGCCCAGCUGAUAAACUUCUUGUGUAUUUAACAUUUUAUAUAAAUGUGGCAUUGAAGAGGCUUGAAGGGUGUCGAACAUUAGCUGAAGGGACAAAAGCGGUAAUUAACCUUGGUUUGGAAGAUGUUCCUGUUCCUGGUGAACCCGGUUUCCCUUUUCCUGGUCUCUUUCCACUCCCUCCCUCUCAAGAUGAAGCGGAGUUGUUGCGAAAUUAUUUAAAGCAAAUAAGGGAAGAAACAAGUGGAAGAUUGUUAAGUGUUGCAUACAGACCAAAUGGAACUCCAAACAAAUGGUGGUUAGCUUUUGCUAAACGAAAGUUUAUCAACACCAUCGCCCUAUAAAAUCUGGAUGAAAUUUGUGUGGAUUGGUUCUAAAUUAUGUUGGAUCCAAAGUGUAUGUUAUAUUUUAAUAUGGGAAAAUUUUUAUAUUGAAUCUUAUCAUGUACACAAAUCAAGGAUUAAAGUUAUUUUGUAGCAUAUUCUCAAUAAUGACCUAUAAAAAGUUUGAGUAAUGAGUUCAAGAUUGGUA